CUUUCGAACCAAGUAAAAGUUCAAAAUUGUCUUGAACUUUGGUCACCUGACCUGACUUGCCUCCGGCCUCUGACUGCGCUUGUUGGGAAGGUCGCAGUGCUAGAUCCUAACCUGUGCCUAUGUCAGCUGUUUGUGGGCUGAUCUAGCAAGGCCAGCUGCGAUGCAGUACGAGGGAAAGGACGGACCCGACUCCCCGACCGGAGGAGUCAAAGCGAUUGCCAUCGAAGGCCGCUUUGGCAACCAGCGAGAGCGUCUGGCUGGAGGCUUCACGGAUGCAGACCGCACCUGGCGUGCUCAGUUCCUCAAGGACCAAGUCCUCCACCACGAGCCAGUGACCCCAGAGUGGUACUACAAGGAGCGCUACAAUCCUAUCCGUAGGUUGUAUCGCUGGCCCCUGGAGACACUUUUCCAGACCCAAAACCCGAACACAAAGUUCAUGACCCAUGCCUACCGGUUUUGGACAGGCAAGAUUUGUCUUGCAAUUGCUGGUGGCUACGUAGGAUAUUAUAUAUUCAAAUAUCACUCAAAUGAUUGGCAGAAUGUGUCAGGGUGGGAAUCCAUUCGUUCCAAGCCAUACUAUACUAUUGGAUCAGAAGGUUACGGAAAGGUGGUGAAGAUGAAACCUGCUGACUACUAUGACAAUAUCCAAGGUGUUGGGAAGUCACCUAUCUAAAUGUGUCCCACUGCAAGUUCCCUGUGGUAUGGAUAGAGAUGUAGAAGAAAUCUGUACAUUAUAUGUUAAUAAAUUUUUGCUGCUUACAUUUUAA